UUUCUGUCAUUCCCAAUAGAGACUAUCAGCCUGCCGGUAGAGCAGCUUUUUCUGUCUUCUUGUUUGUCUGUAAGUCUGCGGCCCGCCUACACGCCUGCCAGCAGGUCGGCGUAAGCGACCCGACCAAUCACCGUGUUGUGUGUUGUCUUGCCUUUCAACCUUGUCUUGCAGUGUUAUGUGCACGCCACUUGUUAUUGUUAUCUCAGUGGAGAAGUCGAUCUGACAGACGUGCUGUUAACCAACUUGGUCCGAUCGGGACAAGCCCCGGUAUACAGACUGACAGAGAGACUGACUGGCAUUUAAAAUCACAGAAGUGUCAACGUCAACCACAACAACAGCAGCAGCAUCACCGAAAGCGAGAGAGGAACGAAAGAAAGUGGAUCUAAUUAAUUAACUAUACAACAAUGUGGAUGCUUAAAUUACUAGUAGCUGUCCAGCUACUGACCCUCGCACUGGCCGGUGGUAGCAGUAUAGGAAUAGGACAUUACCAACAUGCUUUGAUAACCUCACACAACAGCUACCGUAAAAAAUUGUCGGGAGAUGGAGUAAGAUCUUUGGUCUGGGAUGAUGGUUUGAGUUCUGCUGCUGGAACAUGGUCUUUAACUUGUGAUUAUAAAGAAUACGAUAAAUAUUUUGGACAAAACAUGUACUACGAUUCUGAGACAGAUGAUAUGAAAGGUCUUGUCAAAACGGCUGUGAAAAAAUGGAAUGACGAGGCUGAGAAAGUGCUCAAUCCGAAAGGAGCUUGUAAAGGCGAUUGCAACAAAGCUCAGAUGCUCUGGGACAAUACCACCUCUUUUGGUUGUAGUAUCCGUCAGUGUCCUACCCUUAAUCUUGGAAACGGAAAAGUAAUUAAUGAGCCAACCUUCUUGGUGUGCCUCUAUUGGCCAAGAUUACCUGAAGACACGAAGAAAAUAUAUCAACCUGGUAAGCCUUGCUCAAAAUGUCCGGAGAAAACAAAAUGUGUUAACGACUUAUGUUUAAGUAAGUAUAGUUAUUCACAUAAUUUAUCAUAAAAUAAAUUAUCAUUC